UAUUUCUUCAACUACAGAUUCCCAGAAGUAGCAUUCCUCAACACUGUUGAUUUACUAGAUAUCCGAGGUAAGAUUGGAACUCGAGCGUUAUCUCUAGGAACAAAAUAUGCAGCUUAUCUAGUGUUCAAAAUAUCAGAGAGGUACCAUGGCCUUGAAUCAACAAAUGCAAUGGUUAGAUUUGUUAAUCAAGAAAGCGAAGACGAGGCUGAAAAAAGAGCUACUACUGUAAUACUUGCAGCAAGAGCGCCGAGGCAUCUAAAAGAAAAAUUACCAGAAAAACGAACAGAUGGAUGGUUAGAAGUAGAAAUUGGAAACUUUUACAAUGGUGAAGGAGAUGAUAAUGGUGAUGUAGAAGCUUGGUUGUUGGAUUCUAGGCCUUUUCAUGCUAAGUGUGGUCUUAUCAUCGAAGGCCUUGAGUUUUGUCCAAUAUGAUCCAUAUUAGAAUUACAAGAUUCCGAAUUUGA